GACCGAGCGACCGGCCGACUCGGCGACGCGACCGACGCGACGGCGCGACCGACGACGACGACGACGACGGACGACGCGACGGCGGCGCUCGCGCGAUGGGCGCGCGCGCGAGGGGUGUCGUGGAACGACGACGCGCUGCGCGUGCGCGAGACGACGGCGCGCGCGACGACGGGGACGACGACGCGGAGAGGCGUGUUCGCGCGCGAAACGAUCGACGGCGCGACGCGGGAGACGAAAAACUUGAUCGUCGCGCCGCGCGACGCGAUGAUCGCGUGCGACGCGCGAGACGCGAGCGAGGACGCGAGGGUAAAGAUGAAGCCGACGGACGAGCUGGCGUUGAAAUUGCUGCGACACCGAUGCGCGGGAGCGAGCGAUGCGUUCGCGCCGUACGUCGCGUCGAUGCCCGCGCGGUAUAAUCUGCUGCAAACGUGGUCGGAGGAGGAGCGAGCGGCGCUGCAGGACGCGCGCGCCGAGACGACGGCGAAGCGCGCGAGCGAGGCGUUGCGGAAGGCGUUCGAGGACGUGAAGAAAGAGGUCGUGGACAUCGUCGGCGAAGACGAGCGAGAGGCGUUCGCGUUAUACGAGUGGGCGCGCGCGACCGUGAGUUCGCGCGCGGUCUCCGUGCCGUUUCACGAGGCGGGCGCGUUGUGUCCGAUGGGCGACAUGUUCAACUACGCGCCGCACGAUCCGCCCAUCUUGAUCGACGUCCUCGGCGCGCCGGCGUUCGGCGUGAACGAAGGAAACACGACGUCGGCGUCGUCAAGAGAGGUCGCGACGGACCCGAUACCGGGAGACGGGGCGUGGGACGAAGAAUCGAAAACGUUUGCGUUUCGCGCCGCGCGCCAGCCCGACGGCCGUCGGUCGAUAGCCGCGGAUGAGGAAAUUUUCGUGUGCUACGGCGAGUACACCAACCUGGAACUUCUCGAGUUUUACGGAUUCACGCUCGGACCGAACGAGAACCCUCAAGAUUACUACGCCCUGGACGUCCCCGUGGACGGCGCCGAGACCACGACGUCCCUGAAAGUCUUCGUCGGCGGCUUCGAUUGGGACGAUUUAGCCGACGCGCGCAUCGCGUUCGCGAAAAAGCGUUCGUCCGUGAGAAUGAACGAAAAAGAAAUGCGAGACGUCGCGCGCAGAGGUGGUGCGCUCGGUCGCGAUGCCGAGCGCGAAGCGUUCGCCGCGAUUCGAGACGCCGCCGCCGCGCGGCUGUUGAGCUUUCCGACGACGGCAAAAAGUGACGAGGAAACACUCCUUGGGUGGAAAGACGGAAGCGAAAACUUGAAGCUCGCCAUCACGUGGCGUCUGGGUAUCAAAAGAAUCCUGCAGGGCGCGUAUAAGCUCGCCGAGGCGCGCCGGGUCGAGAUGGAAGACGUCGCUACGAGCGCGGCGUUUGCGAAAAUCUCGCUCGCGCACGUGUCCACACCGCGCGAGCGACGGUGAGAUGCGCAGAACCUACUAGAAUGCAUAGCGCUUAGUAAUAGUGAAGCUUAG